AUGUUGAGCCGAGGUUCACGAUUCGCAACCAGCUGCACCAGGCAGCAGCUCUGGAGCCAAACAAGGGCCUCUCUUCGCAAUCAACGGUCUCGCUACUCUACCUCAACCGAGUCCGCCACGAAUGGCACCAACUCUGCCUUAAUUGGGGGCAUUGCUGGUGGAGCUGUGACCUUUGCUGCCGGAUACACCUGGUAUCACUUUUCUGGGGCGAAGAAGCUGAUCCAGACCGCAAAUCAAACACAAGAAUACUAUAACCAAGCAAAGAAGACAGUGGCUCAGAAGACUCCUGAUCCCGACGAGGCGUUUGGUUGGCUGAGAGAUACUGCGAAAAGUUACGCGUCAUGGAUCCCCGGCGCAAAGCCCUAUGUCGACCGGGCGUUUGACGACCUCGAGGAGAUCAAGCGCAAGCAUGGAAAGGAAUUCGAUGACAUUGUCGGCAAUGCCUACAAAGAGUUGCGCGAAGCUACGAAGAAAGGCAGCCUUGAUAUGAACACAGCUGUUAAGAUACGGGACAUUCUACAAGAGCACUUCAAGCGCCUAUAUGAACUGGCCGGCGAUUCUGCAGGCGACAUCCUUGACAACCAUCCCGAUAUCAAGAAAAAGGUCGGUGGCAGCUUGGAUCAGCUGAAGGAGAUGGGCAAUGCCUAUGGUCCUCAGGCGAAAGAGGAGGUGGACAGAACUUGGCAGCAGGUGAAGGACAUUGUCUCAAGCGGUGUCAAUUCUAAGACCGUUGAGAAGAUUCAAAGGCUGGCCCAGGAGAAGAGGGAGAAGCUCCAGAAGUUCGGUGAUGAGGCAUGGCAGCGAGGCAUGGAAGAGGUUAAGCCAUACCUUGAGCGGAACCCCAAGGCCAAGGAGCUUGUUGAGAAAAACAGCGAUGCACUGAAAAAGGGCAACUUUGGGGAAUUAUGGGGUAUAAUCAAGGAGAGCUCGUCUUCAGGCAACCUAGGGGACCUGGAGGGAUACAUCAACAAGACUGUUGACCAAGCCAAGAACAGCGGUUUCAACCUUGACAGUCUGGCCGAGAAGUUGCCAGGAGGUUCGAACAUUCUCUCUCAGCUGCAGUCACUCCAGAGUAUCGCGGAGAAGAAGGGUCAAGAGGCGGAGAAGAUUCUCAAGGAUACCAUCAAUGACAUCCAGGGUGUCUUAUCGGAGAGAAAGAAGCAGGCCGAGGAUCUUGCUGAUGAGGCUAAGAAGGAGAGCAAAUGA